UUAAGGCAGUGCUGUGGAAAUCUGUCUGCGUAACCGGGGUGCUAUGCAGGCCUGUCUGGGUGACUGUCAGGGAGAACUGUCCUGCCACACCAAGGACACAGCCCAAGGGGGGCUUUUUUUCAUAGUCCAAAGAAGCUGCAGGAAACCCACCCUAGUGAGACAAAGAUCACUGCACGGUCGGUCCCCACAGGUGAUGGAAACAGGCUGGACGUGGGCCGCCUCCCCUCCGGCCUGACUUGUGUGACAGACAGGGAAACCAAUGCAAGCAGCAGCAGCAGGGUUACCACAGUCCUGUCUGGGGACAGGCUUCCUUCCAGCGGGUGGGGAGCGGGCGCUCCUGCCAGACCAGCCUGGCUUCCAUGGUUCCAGGAACCCUGUUCCCCCUCAGCCCAGUCCCCGCCCCCACUCCUUGGCUUUAUGAGUUCAUUCGCUGAAGUCACCCAGAGACAAUGCUGAGUGUUCCACCCCUGAGUUGAAGCCCAGCCCAGCCCAGCCAGACACCUCCCGGUAGUGUAAAUGAGGACAAUGCCCGCUGGCCCACGUGACGGGGGGAUGUAGACGGCAGCGGCGCCAGUCGCUCCUGGCACCAUGGACGAUGCCACAGUCCUAAGGAAGAAGGGUUACAUCGUAGGCAUCAAUCUUGGCAAGGGUUCCUACGCAAAAGUCAAAUCUGCCUACUCUGAGCGCCUCAAGUUCAAUGUGGCUGUCAAGAUCAUCGACCGCAAGAAAACACCCACUGACUUUGUGGAGAGAUUCCUUCCUCGGGAGAUGGACAUCCUGGCAACUGUCAACCACGGCUCCAUCAUCAAGACCUACGAGAUCUUUGAGACCUCUGACGGGCGCAUCUACAUCAUCAUGGAGCUUGGCGUCCAGGGCGACCUCCUCGAGUUCAUCAAGUGCCGGGGAGCCCUGCACGAGGACGUGGCGCGCAAGAUGUUCCGACAGCUCUCCUUGGCCGUCAAGUACUGCCACGACCUGGACGUUGUCCACCGGGACCUCAAGUGCGAGAACCUUCUCCUCGACAAGGACUUCAACAUCAAGCUGUCUGACUUCGGCUUCUCCAAGCGCUGCCUGCGGGACAGCAAUGGGCGCAUCAUCCUCAGCAAGACCUUCUGCGGGUCAGCGGCAUAUGCAGCCCCCGAGGUGCUGCAGGGCAUCCCCUACCAGCCCAAGGUGUACGACAUCUGGAGCCUGGGUGUGAUCCUCUACAUCAUGGUCUGCGGCUCCAUGCCCUACGAUGACUCCGACAUCAGGAAGAUGCUGCGUAUCCAGAAGGAGCACCGUGUGGACUUCCCGCGCUCCAAGAACCUGACCUGUGAGUGCAAGGACCUCAUCUACCGCAUGCUGCAGCCUGACGUCAGCCAGCGGCUCCACAUCGAUGAGAUCCUCAGCCACUCGUGGCUGCAGCCCCCCAAGCCCAAAGCCAUGUCUUCUGCCUCCUUCAAGAGGGAGGGGGAGGGCAAGUACCGCGCCGAGUGCAAACUGGACACCAAGCCAGGCUUGAGGCCCGACCACCGGCCCGACCACCGACCCGACCACAAGCUUGGAGCCAAAACCCAGCACCGGCUGCUGGUGGUGCCCGAGAACGAGGACAGGGUGGAGGACAGGUUGGCCGACACCUCCAGGGCCAAAGACCAUCACGUCUCCGGAGCUGAGGUGGGGAAAGCAAGCACCUAGCAUGACGAUGGCCCCGUCGUGUGUGGUGGGGGUCAUGGUGGGGGAGCAUGGCGCAGUCGGCCUUCACAUUAACUAAGUAGGCAGGUAGGAUCUGAAGAAGGCACAGGUGCAAGUAAAAUUCGUCAAUUAAACCACUAUUUUGAUUAC